AUGUCAGAAACGGAAAUUCAACAAAUGCAGAAAUCUUUAACCCUUAUCUUGAAGAAACUAGAGCUGGCAGAAAAAGAAAGAAACGAUUUGAAAGAAGAAAAUAAAGUCAUGAAAGAAUCGAGCGAAAAAUUGACGGAAAAAUAUUUGGAAAUCGAAGGAAACCAGUCGAUUCUGCAGAAAAAGAAGCAAAUAGACGAUGAAUCAACCAAAAAGAUCGAACUGCUUUUCAAGAAAAUCGACUGGAUACACAAUACUUACAACAGCAAAUUUCAGUAUUUUUAUUAG